AUGACGGCUCGUUGUUUCGACCACCGCGCCAUCAAUUUUGUGGCGAUGCGGUGGAUUCUUGCUGACCCCACCUUCUCCCUCCAUCUCUUGCUUCCCCCCUCCCACAGCCAGGGUCUUGUUGGCCAGCAGGCUGACGAGGACACGUCUCAGGCUGGCUCAGAUGAGCCACCGUUACCGCCGAAAGCCACGGAGCCACGCUCGGGGCUUGAUUUUCUUAGAGGUUCCGCUGCUCCAGUAACACCGGAUCCACCUAGGUCUACCGUAGAUGAUUCUGCAGUUAAAGACACGCCCACGACCACACCUGAAGAGUCUCCCCGGGAGGCCGCCUUCACUAUACCCCCGGCUGUUGGUUCUUGCAGCAAAGAUCCCCAACCGACCGCGCCAAGUCCCACACCAAGCACCGUGCGGGUGUCCGUUGGUCCUCCGUCGGCUACCUCCACACCGAAGAGAGCGCGUUCAGGGAAGUGGGCGCAGCAUACCCUGCUCGUCGGAGGCCGCCGACUUUCUGCUUCGAACACUCCGGCUGAUCCACCACCUGCUGCAUCUGCACCGCCAGAGGAAGAUGUGUUCCCGAUCCGCGCGGACACCGGCUCGCCCGCCCUCACCAAGGCGCAGCUGCGGGAGCAGAUGUUCCUGGAGGCCAGCAUCAUGUACGAUACGAGGUGGUCGGGACAGUUCUCCUGGCUUGUGUUCGGAAAAACCAAGGAUGGGUUUCCCUAUGUGAAGUGCAGUGUCUGCAUGGCCUACGGGAAGGAGAACACGAGGUACGCGAGGCAGGGUGAUGACGGAGGCCGUGACAUGCAGACGCAGGCGUUUCGCGCACACGAGCACACGGACGCGCACAAAGCGGCUGUUGACUGGCAGCUGAAGAUUGCAAGAGGCAUCCGCGAGGGGCAGCAAGUGAUUUCGAACUUCAUCAACUCGGACGUCGAGGGAAGGCGCGCCGUCCGACUGUUGCGGGAGGCGCUGGCUGUUAAGGACGCGGCGACGUCCAACCCCUACCUCGGCAUGGUGGACAAGGUGGUGCGCACCGUGGCAGCAAAACUAGGAGAUUCUUCAGUCUGGAGCCAACAGUUCAAGUACCUGCAGCAUGUGAUCUACAACACUAACCUCGAAGUCCAGGGGAUCCACACGGUUCGCUGGCUCUCACGUGGAGAUGCGGUGCGAUGGCUGUGCAAGGUGCUCGGUGCGUGUAUCGUUCUUCUCUGGGAGCGGAGUCACAAGGUGUACGAGAUCGUCACGUGCUACAAGUUCCAGUUUUGCCUGUUCUUCCUCGCCGACAUUCUCGCCGACAUCAACGACCUCAACCGCUGUUUCCAGAAUCGAGAUAUUGAUGUGACGGAGAUUGCGAAGACCAUCGAGGCCACCACGGCGGAUCUGACUGGGCGGUAUUUGGAUACCGACAAGCAGUUCGGUGGCGAGGGCAAGUGCUGGCUGGUCGGCUUUCUAAAGCUGCACGGGCAUGGUGGAGGCAAGAAGGUCCGUGUGAGAGGCGUGGACGGGGAGGGACGCCCAGUGAACCAUCUGUACACCAUGCAUGAGCGGAAGCUCCCGGGGCACAAGGUGGGGAGCGGAUACGAGGAGUGCGUGAAGCUGUGCCGCAGUUUCGCUCGCGAUUGCGUGGACAAUCUCAAGGAGCGGCUUGAUGACCUGGGGAAGCUGGGGCCGACGAAGCUGUUUCGGGCCGGAAAGUGGCCGAAGAUCAAGGCACAACGGGAGAAGAAAUGCCGUGAGUGGCUUCUGGGAUGCAGCAAACUCUUCCGCCACAAGCUGUCGGGAUUCGACCUCAAGGCCGCAGAGAGGGAGCUUCCCACAUUCUGUGCGAUCAUGGAGGCGCACCACGAGCUGGAAAGCUUCACGCAGGGACUGACCAACAUUCUCGGGAGCGCGGACUCGAAGAGGUCUAUGAGGAGGAGGCGCCCCGCAAAGAGCGUGAAGCUUGUUGUGGCUGAUCGCGAAAGGAGGGGGAAAGCAAAGGAGGGUGAAGUCGAAGCAGGAGCUGCCCACCGGAACGAUGGGGAGGAGGACGAGGAGGAGGAGGUGGAUGUGGAACAGGCACUGGGCGACGAUCAGGAGCUUGUGGGGGAGGAGGAGGAGGAGGAGGAGGACAAUCCCUUCCUUUCGGACGAUAAGGAUGUGGAGGAAGUUUUGGUUCUCCCCUCCCCACACUUCCCCCUCUCCUCCGUUUCCUCCUUCCCACCCCUCCCCCUCUCCCCCAUCCCCUCGUUCCCACCUACCCCCCUCUCCUCCCCAAUGCAUCUCUCUUCUACCUGCGUGCAGCAAUCACAGCUGGUGGUGCAGCUGCCAGGGCACUCGUCUCGAGUCAACUGCUGCCACUGGCUGCCCCAGCACCUGCACCUGUUACCUGGCACGAGCGCACCUCCAGAGCACAUGAUUCUAUCGGGCAGCGCAAGUGGGUCACUGGUGGCGUGGUCUUACCACGUGGGCUCCCAGCAGUGGUCACAGCAGCAGCACCUGCCUGCUGCCCACAGCAAUGCCAUCACCAGCAUAUCCUCCCUGCUGCUGCCUCCCUCCCCUGACCUGCCUCAUCACACACCUGACAGCGCACCUCCACCUCCCCCGGGCGCACUAUUGGUUACCACCUCCGCAGACGGCACAGUGGGAGUGUGGGCGGCCAGCUGGCAGGGCGGAACAGGGGUGGGGAGGACCACAGCAGAGCCCGCAUCGGCGGCAGGAGAGGCAUGUGGGAAGAAGUUUGGAUUCUCGCUGGCGGCAGUGGAGCGCAUCCAAGUGGGCGGGCUGUGCAUGGAGGCCUCUGCUCUCUGCUGCCUGCCUUCUGGGGUGGCAGGGGCGGGGAGUGGUGGUGAUGCAGGGAGUGGUGGUGGUGGCGACCAAGGGAGGCGUGGCAGUGUGUUGCUGGCGCUGGGAGGGCUUGACAACAAAGUGCACCUCUACACUCGCCCGACCACGCCGUUCUCCCCCUCGGCGCGCUUCACGAGGGUGUGUUCGCUGGCAGGCCAUCAGGACUGGAUCCGCUCGCUCGACUUCUCCCUCCCCAUGUUCGCCCCUCCCCCUGCUUCCACUGCGUCUGUCGCAUCCGCUGCUCCACCGCCUCCGCCCUCUGCAGCAGCAGCAGCGGCAACAGCGGCACCUGCCUCCCCCAGUACCCCCCACGUGCUACUCGCGUCGGCCUCUCAGGACCGCAACGUGCGCGUCUGGAAGCUUGCACUCUCUGCUCCUGCUCCUGCUGCCGCUGGCACUGACACGGCCUACAGCAGCAGUGCAAAUGCUGCUCAUUCCGAUCUUCUGAAAGAGUUUGGGGAGCUGGGAGGUUACACAGCUGGACCGUGCUUCCAAUCAGGGGGAGACACGUGGCAGGUUAUGCUGGAUGGGCUGCUGGUGGGGCACGAGGAUUGGGUGCAUUCGGUGACGUGGCACCCUCCCAUUCGCUCUCACCGUUCCAUCCCAUCCUCCGUUCCUGUUCUCCCUGUUGCCGAGCCUUUCAGCCCCGAGCCUGUUUCUUCUGAACCUGCUGCUUCCAAACCUGCACAAGCCACUCUUUUCCAGCCCCUGCGCCUGCUGACGUCAUCAAUGGAUUGCACCAUGCUGAUGUGGCAGCCUGCCACGUGGCAGGGGGCUGGAGGGCUCUGGCUGGCAGAUGUCAGCCUGGGAGAGGUGGGGCACUCUUCUCUGGGGUUCUUUGGCGGUAUAUGGUCGCCACGUGGCGACGCGGUAUUGGCCCACGGGUUCACCGGGAGUCUGCACUUGUGGCGAGACUAUGGGCGAGUGAGAGAGGUGGAGGGGGAAGGACGGGGAGAGGAGGCGGAAGGGGAGGAUGAACGCACAGAGGGAGACCUUUGCCUUGGGAGGUGUGAUGAUGUGGAGGGGAGCACAAGGGGAGAUGAUGUGGAUGAUCACACUAAGGGGAACGAGAGAGGGGAAGGGGGAGGGGAUAGGAAGGAGAGAGGAGGAGGGGAGGAAGGGGUGAGGGAGAGGGAGGAGGAGUGGAGAGCGGUGGUGGCACCGACGGGGCACUUUGGGCCGGUUGUGGACAUGUGCUGGGAUGCUCGCUCGCAGCUGCUGCUGUCCGUCAGUAGCGACCAGACAGCUCGCAUCUUCGCAAACUGGGUGCACAGUGGCACGCCCAGUGAUGUGGUUAGUGGUGAUGGCGGCGCGGGUGGUGGUGGUGCAAGCAGUGGUGGGGGAGAGCAGCAGGCACAGGGGUGGCGGGAAACAGCUCGCCCACAGGUGCACGGCCAUGACCUCAAAUGCGCCGCCUUCUGCCCGAGCCUCAGGCUCGGCGACGGUUCGGAUGGAGGUUCGGGUGCUCUUGAAGGGCCUGGUGUGGAGGGGAGGUGCGAUGGGGGAGGGGGAGACUCAGGAUGGUCGGAUGGAGGGGCGGAUGGGACACAGGGAGGGGCGGAGCGGGCACAGGAAUCACAGGGAGGGGCAGAGGGGACAGAGGGAUCACUGGGUGGGGCGGAGCGGGGUCUGGUGUACGUGAGUGGCGCGGAGGAGAAGGUGCUUCGUGUGUUUGAGUCGCCACAGCUGUUCCUUGACACCCUUCACUUCACCCGCUCUGCUGCCUCGUGCCCUUCAGCACAGGGGGGAGGUGCUAGCGGGGAGGGUAGCAGAGAGGGGGAUGCAGCAGCGGCAGCAGCUGCAGUCCCACAGCAAAAGAAGGGCAUGGCGAUGGCAGCAAGCAUGUCAGCUCUCGGGCUGUCACAGAAGCCCAUCUACUCCUCUGCUGCUGGUGGUAUGUGUGUGGGAUGGGAGAGGCCCGUCUACUCUGCUGCUGCCACUGUACAUGGGAUGCUGACGACGCCAUCCCGCUGCUCACCUCCCCCUCUCCUCUGGGCCCUCCCCCUUCCAUUGUCUCCCCUCCUCCAUCCCUCUCCCUCCUCCCCAGCUCCCAGCGACCCUGACUCCACCCUUGCCUCCUCCCUCGGUUUCUCCCAGUACGGGGAUGCUGACGACGCCAUGCCACUGCCGCCCGCCGUGCUGCAGCAGCCACCCAGAGAGGAGCAGCUGGCGGGCGGCACGCUUUGGCCGGAAGUGCGCAAGCUGUACGGCCACGGCAGCGAGAUCCUGUGCUGCGCUGCCAGCCACGGGGGAAGGUUCCUGGCAACUGCCUGCAAGGCCCAAUCCCCGGAUUUCGCAGCAAUCUGGCUCUGGCACACACCCAACCCAUCUCCCUCCUCCUCCUCCUCCCCCUCCACUGCGCCAGCAGCCCCAUGGACAGCAGCAGCGCGCCUAUCAGCGCACACGCUCUCAGUGACACAGAUGCACUUCUCCCCCUGCGACACUUUCCUCCUCUCCGUCUCUCGUGACCGCCACUUGUGCCUCUUUGCUGCAUCCCACGGUGCUGCUGAUUCUGUUGCUGACGCAGCCCCCUAUCGCCUGGUUGCAAGGGUCGAGGCACACAAGCGCAUUAUCUGGGACUGCUCCUGGGCGCCCUCAGGCCGAAUCUUUGCCACCGGAUCCAGAGACAAAACGGUGAAGGUGUGGCAAGUCAUCGAACAGCCACCCUCCGCUGCCCCUCCCACUCCCUCCACCACCUCGCCUCCCUCCUCCUACACCACCACGCUCCUCGCAACCCUUCCCACCUUCCCCCACCCAGUCACGGCUGUGGCCUGGUCUCCUUACCUCCCAUCCCUCACUCCUCCCCCUCAUACACAACCCUCCUCAACCAAUUCACCUGCUGACCCUGUCGCUGCUCCUGCUCCUGCCAUUUCCACUGCUGCGCUGCAUUCAUUACUUGCUGUUGGCUUAGAGAAUGGGGGGAUACAGCUCUGGAGUGCAGACCUUGCACCCUUUGCUCCACCUGCCACGCAGCAUAAUGCUGCUUCACCAACUUCCACCGCACUCCACCCCUCGCCUUCUCCACCCAAGCUCCAGCUGCAGCGUCUGGUCGCUUUCAGUGACAUCCAUUGCCACCUGGCAGCUGUUCAUAGGCUGAGGUGGCGAGGGGAGGUUGGAGCGAGGGAUAGUGGCGCAGGAGAGGUUAGGGUUACUGGGUGUAACAGGGAGGUAGGUACAGAAGGGGUGGGGGUUAGUGGGGGUAACGAGGUAGUUGCAGAAGGGGAGAGGGAAGGGAGGUGUUUGGAGCUGGCAAGCUGUUCGGAUGACCAUUCCGUGAGGCUGUUUCGGAUCAGUGCGCAUCAUUUGUAA